AUGAAUAGCAAGAUUCGCAUCGGAAUAAUUUCAACAGCCGAAAUUGCUCAUAAAGUCUGUUUGGCUAUUAAUUCCUCUGAAUACGCGGAAGUAUAUUGUGUAGCCAGUCGAUCCUUGGAAAAAGCCAAAUAAUGGGCUGAUGCACAUCAAAUUAAGAUUGCUUAUGGUUCUUACGAAGAAUUAUUGGAUGACCCAAAUGUUGAUGGAGUGUACAUCCCAUUGCCAACAUCUUUGAAAAAAGAGUGGACAAUCAAAGCUGCCAACAAGAAGAAACAUGUAUUAGUUGAAAAACCAUUGCCAGGCGCUGAUUCCUCAUAAUGUGUGCAGGACAUGAUCAAAAGUUGUGAGGAAAAUGGAGUUCAAUUUUUGGAUGGAACCAUGUGGUUACAUUCACUAAGAACUUAAGUUGCUAAAUAAAAGAAAUAAGAAUUGGGAAAAGUACUCAAAGUGACAGCUGCUAUGACCUUCAAAGCUCCCAAUGAGGAAUGGCUACAAGGAGGCAAUGGAAGAACAAAUAAAAAUCAAGAACCUUAAGGUUGUUUGGGUGAUUAGGGAUGGUAUCCUGUUGGAGCAAUCCUUUUUGCUUUCGAUUAUGAAUUACCUAAGUAUGUUAAGUGUCUUUCUUACAAAUUAAAUAAAGUUGAUACAAUAAUAGAAUUUUCUGGAUUCUUGGAAUUUUCAGAUGAAAGAUAUGCAUAUUUCGAUUGUGGAGCCACUUUUCCACACAGAUCUUUUGUUGACAUUGUUUGUGAAAAUGGACAAGUCAGAAUUGAUGAUUUAGUUGGAGGAUUUGGUAGAACGGGAAAUUUCAAUGCCUAUUUUGACAACUUUGUUGGAAGUGAAAGGUUCUUUGUAGAUGAUGUUUAAGGAAAAGAGGAAGUUAUCAAGGUCCAAGCUUGCAAUCACACAAUAAAAAUGAUAGAUACAUUUGCUAAUAUCAUUCUUUCGAAGAAGACUGACCAUUCAUGGCAUCACAAAAGUUUGACUACUCAUUAGGUGUUGGCAGCAUUAUUCAGAGCCACUUAAAGAGUUGGGGAAAAAGUAUAAAUCUUAUGA